AUGAUUUAAAUACUUUUUGCUACUCAGACAGGAAAUUCUGAAUUCUAUGCUGAAGAAGUAGGUAGACAUAUAUCGAAAGCAAUUGUUUCUUCAAUUGAAGACUUCGAUUUCUUAACACUUCCUGAAUAGAAGAGAGUGAUUUUCAUUAUAUCAACAACAGGAGAUGGAGAUAUGACUAAUGAUAUGAUCAAAUUUUGGUAGUUUCUUUUAAUUAAAGAUUUACCAAAAGAAUCUCUAAUCAAACUUGAAUUCACUGUUUUUGGACUUGGAGAUUCUUCAUAUCCAAAAUUCAAUUACGCAGCUAGAAAAUUAAGAAGUCGACUCUUAUAAUUAUCUGCAAAAGAAUUUGUACCCAGUUCAUUUGGUGAUGAAUAACAUCCUUGUGGUAUUGAUACAGAAUUUGUUAUUUGGUUUGAGAAUCUAUUAAAGAAAUGUGACACUCAGAACACUAUUUCAUAAUAUAUAAAAAUUGAAUAAGAUGAUAUUAAUGGAUAGUAAAAUAAUGUUGAUUAGUUUGACUUUAAGUUUAUUAAUAAAAAAAGGUUGAGUGCUGAGUAGCAUAGUAAGGAAACCUAUUAAUUUAAUUUUAAAUGUAAUAAAUUAUAUGAAUGUGGUGAUAUUUUAUGUAUAAAACCAAGAAAUUAGAAUAAAUUGGUUUAAUAAUUUUUAGAAUUACUUAAAUUAAAUGGAAAUAAAUGGAUUAAAUUAGAAGAACUGAAAUAAAAUUAAAAAUCAAAGAAGAUUCCAAAAAUUAUAUCUAUUCAUUAAUUAUUUUCUGAAUUGUAUAAAAUUGAUUUAAUAAUUUUAGUUUGGAUAUCACAUCACCACCUAAUAGAUAUUUUAUCAAAUUAAUGAGCCAAUUUGCAGAAAAAGACAUUCAUAAAUAAAAAUUAAGUGAAAUGUGUGCUUAAACACCUGAAGGUUUAGAAGAAUAUUAUAGUUAUGUUUAUAGAGAAAAGAGAAAUGUUUAUGAAGUUUUAUAUGAUUUCUAACCAUGUGUUAUUCCAUUAGAAUUAUUAAUAGAUUCUUUAAAAUUAAUUAGAGAGAGAUAAUAUUCAAUAAGUUCUGCUUAUAAUGGUGAAUAAAUAAGUAUAACAGUUGCAUUAGUAUCAUAUACAACAGGUAAAAAUAGACAAAUCAAAGGAUUUUGCUCAAAUUAUCUUGAAAAUUUGUAAUUUGAUGAAUAUAUAGAGGGUAAAAUAAUAAAAGGAACUAUUGGAUUUCCAAAACAAUUAGAAAUUCCAGUAAUAAUGGUUGGUCCAGGAACUGGAGUGGCUCCAUUUAUUGGAUUUAUUGAAUAGAGAAUAAAAUAAGGAGCAAAAAAUAAAGAGAAAACAAUUUUAUUUUUUGGAUCUUGUUAUGAAUAAAAGGAAUUUUAUUAUAAAGAAUUCUUAUAAGAAUCUCCAAUUACUUUAUUUACAGCAUUUAGUAGAGAUCAAUAAAGAAAAAUAUAUGUAUAACAUAGAAUAUUGGAAAGUAGAGAUUUAAUUAAUAAAAUUGUUAAAGAAAAUGUUUAGAAUGUGAUGUAUAUUUAUAUAUUAUGAAUUUAGGAUUAUUGUAACUGGAACAUCAAAAAAAAUGCCAAAUUAAGUUGAGUCAGUUUUUAAAGAAUGUUUAGGUGAAUAAAUGGUUUAGGAUUUAAAAAAGAGAAAACAAUAUUUAGUUGAGUGUUGGUGA